AUGAGUCAAGCCACACCGGAACACGGCGGCUCCACCUCCAUGUCCGACGGUGGCUCCGUCCUGGCGUCUCCGAGGCGAGCGGCGGCGACCUUGCUGGUCUCUUUAUCGACUCUGGUAGCGCUCUGUGCGAAGCAUGCGAACAGAGCAUCAAAAAAGCUUCAAACGAAACUGAAAUCGAAGCAAUUGCCGCGAUUGGAGUUGCUAUCAUCGCAGGUUUGCCCGAAACGGCUUCUGAAGAGCAUAAGCAACACGGCGAUCACGCUGAUCCAUAAGAAGAAGAAAAACAAGCAAGGAGGCGGCGAUGCGGGAGAGGAGUGGGGAGACGGCGGAGUCUGGCAGAAGGCGAUCAUGAUGGGGGAUAAGUGUGAACCGUUGAAUUUCUCGGGCGUAAUUUAUUACGAUAGUAACGGGAAACAGCUGAACGAAGUGCCUUUACGAUCGCCACGUGCCAGUCCGUUGCCUGCCUUCCUCGCAACCAGUCCCCGCCAGGUCUACUGA